UCUCUGUCGUUAUGCGGGUGCUUGUGGGUGGCGGGACGGGAUUCAUUGGGACCGCCCUGUCCCAGCUGCUGAAAGCCAAGGGCCACAAAGUGACGCUGGUCUCCAGACAGCCUGGGCCAGGUCGAAUCACGUGGAAUGAGCUCACUAGGUCGGGGCUUCCCAUCUGCGAUGUUGUCAUCAACCUGGCUGGAGAGAACAUCCUCAACCCUUUGCGAAGGUGGAAUGAAGCCUUCAGGGAAAAAGUGCUCAGCAGCCGCUUGGAGACCACCCAGAUGCUGGCACAAGCUAUCACCAAAGCCACACAACCCCCCCAGGCCUGGAUAAUAGUCACAGGUGUAGCUUACUACCGGCCCAGCCUGACUGCGGAGUACGAUGAGGACAGCCCGGGAGGGGAUUUUGACUUUUUCUCCAACCUAGUAACCAAAUGGGAAGCGGCAGCCAGGAUUCCUGGAGAUUCUACCCGCCAAGUGGUGGUGCGUUCUGAGAGGACAAAGGCCACACCUUCGAUUCCAGCACUCCGAGGCAGAGGUGUUGUACUGGGCCGUGGUGGUGGUGCCAUCAGCCACAUGCUUCUGCCCUUCCGCAUGGGUCUGGGAGGCCCCAUUGGCUCAGGUCACCAAUUCUUCCCCUGGAUACACAUCAGCGACCUGGCAGGCAUUCUCACCCAUGCCCUUGAAGAAAACUGUGUCCAAGGAGUCCUGAAUGGAGUGGCUCCAGCCUCCACUACUACCAAUGCUGAGUUUGCCCAGGCCUUGGGUGCUGCCCUGGGUCGCCCCGCCUUCAUCCCUCUCCCCAGCACUGUGGUGCAAGCUGUCUUUGGGCGAGAGCGUGCCAUCAUGCUACUAGAGGGCCAGAAGGUUGUCCCACGGCGGACACUGGCCACUGGCUACCAGUAUUCCUUCCCAGAACUGGGGGCUGCCUUGAAAGACAUCCUAGCCUAGGUGGGGAGGCCUGUAACAGGAGCUAAGACCUGUACCCAUAGGGAGGCUUCCUGGUUACAUACUAUGAGUAAGCUUAAGUGGUCCUGUACUUGAGAUCAGAAGUCCUUCCUCUUCCUUCUCCAUUGUUCCCUUGCUCCAGCUUAUCUAUCUUAAGGUUGUAAUCUCUUCAAAUUAUGACCUUCAACUCCUUGUAAAAGAAUUUCUGAGUUUUGUUUCUUUGUGUGUCACAUUGUUGUCCCAGUUCUCUGUAAAAAAAUGUUCUACAGUUUUGGCAAUAAAGAGAAAUGAUAUUAUUAACUUCA